CGCGGCAAGAGCGGCGGAUGAAGUGCGUUUUCCGUGACCCGCGGCGGCGGCAGUCUUCCUUUCCGGCGGACGACGCUUUCCAAAAUGAUACGGCUCCUCCCCGUCGCUCGGAUCGGACACGCCCCGUGCGCCGAAGUGACGCAAGGAAAUCCCUUUGCACCCCGCGUGUGCAUCGGUCGCGUCGAGUCGUGCUCCGACUAUAUACCGCGGUAUAUACACAUUUUACGAUUGCGUAUAGCGCACGUUCGCUUUCCGUCCCCGCUAACACGCCGCUAUAAUGCCCACUAUUUGAUACCGACCGGCUUUCUGUCGUUUGUUUACAUCGUCGCGCCACCUCCGCCGUCGACGUCUACACUGCGGACGAUUCGCCCGCAACAAAAGCUGCACAGGUAUACGACACAGCACGUACAUUCACGUGUGCCAGUGUGGGCUUACGUGCGUGUCGUUGUGCUACAUGGUGGAAUUUGGAAAAUACAUAAUAUUAGGGAAAUGCGUACAGGAAUCGAGAUGAAGACAGCUUUAGGCGUAGUGAAAUUGAAAAUGGAACCAAUUUAUGGAGACGAUCCGCCAGAACCGGCGGUAGUGUCUACAGUAUGUGCUAAAUGUGAGUGCACAAUUGUAGAUAGGUAUAUUAUGCGUGUAUCCGGUCGAUCUUACCACGAACGGUGUCUUAAGUGCACAACGUGUGCGUUGAAGCUAGAUCGGUCGUGUUUUGUGUGGAACGCAAAACUAUACUGCCGUCAGGAUUAUGACAAGUGUGUAUAUCGUAGUUGUGGUAGUUGUGGUGAUCAUAUCGCUGCUGGUGAAUUGGUAAUGCGAGCAGGCGAGUGCGUUUUCCAUGAACAGUGUUUUGUGUGUGUAGUAUGCGGUAUACGUCUAUGCACUGGUGAUCAGUAUGUAAUAAAACACUCUCAGCUAUUUUGUCGUCCAGAUUAUGAAAAAGAGGUGAACAUGAUGAGAGAUGAAAUCAAUCGAAACACAGGAGAAUGGAGUUAUAACCACGAUGGUCGCCGUGGACCUAAGCGCCCUAGAACGAUUCUCACUACCCAACAACGACGUGCGUUUAAAGCAUCAUUUGAAUUAAGCCCAAAACCGUGUCGAAAAGUUAGAGAAGGUCUCGCGCAUGAUACAGGCUUAAGUGUUCGCAUUGUCCAGGUUUGGUUUCAAAAUCAAAGAGCAAAAAUGAAAAAGAUUCAAAAAAAAGCAAAACUUAAUAGCAAUAAUUUAGUUUCCUCGUCCAAUAAUACUAAUGGAAAUAAUAAUUGUAGUGGUGCUGAAAGUGGUAAUUCGUGUAGUUCGAGUGGACUUCUACAAUCAGCUAUAAAAGACGAACAAUACAGUUCUGAUGGUUGUGAAGAUGGUGUAUCUGGAAGGUUUGAAGCGACUCAACAACAAGAAUCCCACCGACAACCUCAACAACAAAUACAUGAGCCUUUUCACAUACGACACCAAUCUCCUGCAGUUGUAAAACAAGAUUCCAUGCCAUCGUUUUUACAACAACAACCUUUUGGUAUAUUUGGUCAAGACUUGAACAACCGCCAAGAACCAAAUUACUUAACAUCAGAUAUCAUGAUACCUAAACAUAUUUAUGGUGGUUUCGUAUCACAGGAGACUGUUAUCCGUUGCGGCUCAAAUCCAAUCGAUCGGUUGUACUCAAUGCAAGCGUCAUAUUUUUGUAACAAUAUAUCUGAUGAUGCAAGUUCAUUACAAUUAGACGAACACCAAUAAUAAAUAAUUUAUGUAUUAUUUAUAUUAUUUUUAUUGUUAUUAUUUUAUUUAUCACAAUUGUUUUGUAUUUAUUUUGAAUGUACUUACUACUUAAGGAUCAAGUUGAUUUGUAAUCGUGUUAAUUUGGCAUAAUGCUAUAUUGUUAUUUAAUAGGUUUAAUAAAAAAAAGACGAUUAUUACAAUAUUAAAACAA